AAUGGCGACUUCAUAUGUACUCUCCUCAAGUUCUUCCCUUUUCCUUAGCCAGAAUGACGUGGGUGUCUCUCUGUUCUCUUCACAACCUUCUCGUUCAAUCCAAAUCAUGCAGAAAAAAGUAUCCAGAAAGAUUGAAUCCAUCAUGGCACCACAACGAUCUGCACGAAACCCAUCCAUGACUGGUUCAGUCAAAACCAGGAUGACAAUGACAGAGAAGAUCUUCUCCAGGGCUUCGGAGAAAUCCCAGGUGAAUCCUGGUGACAAUGUGUGGAUCAACGUUGAUGUCUUGAUGACACAUGAUGCUUGUGGCCCAGGUUGCAUCGGAGUCUUCAAGAAAGAGUUUGGGGAUGAUGCCAAGGUUUGGGACCGUGAGAAGAUAGUAAUCAUAGCUGACCAUUACAUAUUCACAAGUGAUGAAAGAGCAAACAGAAACCUCAAUUUUGUUAGGGAUUUCUGCAUCGAACAAGGGAUCAAAUAUUUCUACGAUAUCACAGACCGUAGCGACUUCAAGGCUAAUCCUGAUUACAAAGGUGUAUGUCAUGUUGCACUUGCACAAGAAGGUCAUUGCAGACCGGGAGAGGUCAUGAUUGGUACGGACUCCCACACCUGCACUGCCGGUGCGUUUGGCCAGUUUGCUACAGGAGUUGGAAACACAGACGCUGCUUUUGGGUUUGAGACUGGAAAGGUUUUGCUUAAGGUACCUCCGACCUUAAGAUUUGUGUUGGAUGGAGAAAUGCCCGAUUAUCUGCUUGCAAAGGAUUUGAUCUUACAAAUAAUCGGUGAAAUAUCUGUAUCUGGUGCAACAUAUAAAGCAAUGGAGUUCGUUGGUUCGACUAUUGAAAGUCUAACGAUGGAAGAAAGAAUGACAUUAUGCAACAUGGUUGUUGAAGCUGGGGGGAAGAAUAGUGUUAUUCCAGCCGAUGCUACUACAUUUAAAUACCUUGAGGACAGAACAUCUGUGCCCUAUGAACCCGUCUAUAGUGAUGAUCAAGCAAGGUUUGUUGCUGAGUACAGGAUCGAUGCCUCCAAGUUGGAGCCCGUAGUGGCGAAGCCUCAUUCUCCUGAUAAUCGCGCUUUAGCAAGGGAAUGCAAAGACGUCAAAACAGACAGAGUGUAUAUCGGAUCUUGUACUGGAGGCAAAACCGAAGAUUUUCUAGCAGCUGCCAAAGUUUUCCUAGCUUCAGGCGAAAAGGUCAAAGUACCGACAUUCCUUGUUCCUGCUACUCAAAAGGUAUGGAUGGACUUAUAUACCCUCCCGGUGCCAGGAUCCGGUGGCAAGACUUGUUCCCAGAUAUUUGAAGCAGCCGGUUGUGAUACACCUACAAGUCCUAGUUGUGGUGCUUGUUUAGGUGGUCCACGGGAUGUUUAUGCACGCCUUAACGAACCUCAGGUCUGUGUGUCGACCACAAAUAGGAACUUCCCGGGUCGAAUGGGUCACACAGAAGGUCAGAUCUAUCUAGCUUCUCCUUACACUGCUGCAGCUUCGGCUUUGACUGGUUUUGUUACCGAUCCAAGAGAGUUUUUGCGUUGAUCUCAUUGCUGUUUCUGUUCAUUCAUCGACACAACCUUCUUGUACGAUUGUUUUCUAUUAUGUUAUUAUAAAUCUCUACGAGAUAACCAUUGGUUGAGGUUGUUUUUACUUG